CGCGCGCGCGCGGGGAGGGCGCGCACACGCCGUGGCCGUGAAUCGAACAUGGCGACUGUACCCGUCUAUUGCAUCUGCAGAUUACCUUACGACGUGACCCAAUUUAUGAUUGAGUGCGAUGCUUGCAAAGACUGGUUUCACGGCAGUUGCGUCGGUGUGGAUGAAGAUGAUGCCCCAGACAUUGACAUAUACCAUUGUCCAAACUGCGAGAAGACCCAUGGCAAAUCCACAUUAAAAAGGAAAAGGCAUUGGAACAAACAGGACCCUUGGCAAAGCACAGAUGUCCGAGCUGUACAGAAUGGAAGUCAAGUUUUCAUAAAGGAGCUCCGUAGCAGAACAUUUCCAAGUGCUGAGGAUAUUGUUGUUAAACUAAGUGGCACUCAACUGACCAUGGAUUACCUGGAGGAGAACGGUUUUGAGGAACCCAUCCUGGUUCCCAAAAAAGAUGGUUUGGGCAUGACCAUGCCGCCUCCCACCUUUUACAUCAGCGAUGUGGAAAAUUACGUCGGUCCUGACGUCGCAGUUGACGUCGUUGAUGUCACUAAACAGACUGAUAGCAAGAUGAAGCUUAAAGAAUUUGUCGAUUAUUAUUACAGCACAAACCGAAAGAAAGUAUUAAAUAUAAUCAAUCUGGAGUUCUCUGACUCAAGGAUGAGUAAUAUUGUGGAGGGUCCCCAAAUUGUCCACAAUUUGUCUUGGGUUGAAAACUACUGGCCUGCAGAUGCCCUGCUUGGAAAGCCUAAAGUCACUAAAUACUGUCUGAUAUGCGUUAAAGACAGCUACACAGAUUUCCACAUCGAGUGCGGCGGCGCCUCUGUCUGGUAUCACGUACUAAGGGGAGAAAAGAUUUUCUUUCUCAUCAAGCCCACCUCUGCCAACCUUUCUCUGUACGAGCGCUGGAGGUCGUCGUCCAUCCGCAGCGAAAUGUUCUUUGCUGACCAAGUGGACAAGUGUUACAAAUGCUGUCUGAAGCAAGGACAGACUUUGUUCAUUCCAUCAGGUUGGAUCAAUGCAAUUCUGACUCCGGUGGACUGCUUGGCAUUCUCUGGCCAUUUUGUCCACAACCUGAGCGUGGAGAUGCAGAUGAGAGCAAAUGAAAUUGAGAAGAGACUAAAGGUGAAAACCCUCACACCGUUUCCCAACUUUGAAACAGCAUGCUGGUACGUGGGACGUCAUCUUCUUGAACGAUUCAAAGGUCUGCAUAAAGCAAAUGGGCAGCCAGCUCCAUAUCUGAUCCAUGGUGCCAAAAUCAUCAAUGGAGCCUUCAGAGCAUGGACCAAAAAGCAGGCCCUUUUAGAACAUGAAGAUGAACUUCCAGAAAACAUGAAACCUUCACAGCUCAUUAAAGACCUUGCCAGAGAGAUAAGACUCUCAGAGAAUGCCACGAAAGCAGUUAAGAGCGAGUUGCCAUCGGAGAGUCCUCCAUCACCCCACUCGGAUCUUGAAGAUCCUCUUUCACCAGCUGAGGUUCCUUCGCCGAGCUUUGAGACAGUCAAAAACAAAAGCAACUCCCCGAAAGCGCAUAGACCACCAAGCAAAGCCCCAAAGAUGAGCAAGGCUCCAAAAUCUCAGAAAAUGCUCAAGGCCAAAGAGGGAGAGAAGAAGAAAAUCACACUUUUACACGACUCACCCGCUCCACCGAAAGCCUCCAGUUUUGAAGCUCUUGAGUCCCAUGCCAAGGAUAUCUUAAACCUGGACCAGCCAACAAAAGCAAAGGUUGUGAAGAAAAUGGUGCCAAUCUCAGAAAAGGAAACAUUGAAGCAAAAAAUGGUGGAAAAGUUCAACAAAACUAGAGGGCAGAAUAAAAACAGGACUGAAGCAAAAUGGAAGUACAAGAAUAGUAAACCAGACUCCCUGUUAAAGAUGGAAGAGGACUGCAAAUUUGACAGGACCUCAGUUUUAGGCAAUAAAGCCGCUUUGGCACUGGCUCGCAAGAAAAUCCUGGGCACAAAGCCAAUGAAAAAUCACAUUGACGCAAGUGUUGUCGGGACAAUACGAGAGCUCAAAGAGGACCAACGCAAGCCGGUGAGAGAUGAGUACGAGUACGUCUCGGACGAGGGAGAACUGAAGAUUGACGAAUUCCCCAUUCGACGGAAAAGGAACACCACAAAGAAAGAAUUUGCCGCAGUUCUUUCCCAAAUCAGACAGCCGGUUCGACCAAGCCAUCACCCAAAGAGCAAGCCCUUGGUGUCAAAGAAUCAGAUUGCUGAUUCUUCAGAUGAAGAAAGUCGACAUUUUGACACAGACACCAAGCCGGAGGGUAAAUGUUGCAAUUUCAACACAAAUACAAGUCAAAAAAGUGGCAGUGCGGCAGGUAUUCUUGACUUGCUGCAAGCCAGCAAACAAGUGGGUGGAAUUGACUACAGCACCAACAGUCAGCCACCUGCAUCUCCCAGCACACAGGAGGCCAUUCAGGGCAUGCUGUCUAUGGCCAACCUGUCAUCAUCGGACAACUUGCAGCAGCAGCAGCAGCAGCAGCAGCAAUGGAACACCAAUCAGUUAAGAAGCAAUCGUCAGUCAAAGAACAUUUGGCAAAUGCACAGUUCACUGACUAAUAAGAAGGUCAGUAGAGGAGGAGGAGGAGGAGGCAUUGGUCACGGCAGCAACCGCAAGCAAUCCACUAACCACUUGAAGAAACCCCAGAAGAACUGCAGUUUUGAGGCUCUUGAUUAUGAUGACCAGGACCACAUGGACGCGUGCUUUAAAGACUCCGAUUAUGUUUAUCCGUCAUUUGAGUCUGAGGAGGACAAUCCCAUUUUCAAAUCCAGAUCGAAGAAACGGAAAAAUAACGACGACGUUCCAUACAGCCCCACCGCUCGCGUAGGGCCCUCAGUUCCUCGACAGGAAAGGCCUGCGAGAGAAGGAGCGCGCGUGGCCUCCGUAGAAACGGGCUUGGCCGCUGCUGCGGCAAAGCUUUCGCAUCAGGAGGAACAACAAAAAAUCAAGAAGAAAGUCAAAAAGAAGACAACGCUGUUAGAGGAGUCCCCUCUAAAAAUGUCUGGAGAUAGCGGCUCGGCGGAUCGCCAGCUGGACUUCCGAGGCGACGACCUUUCGCAUCACGAGUUGGACAGCGAAGCGCUCAAGUUACCAGCGGUGCUGCAGCCCAUGGUGCCGGGGGCAUUCCUCAGCCAAAGGCGACCAUCCACGUCUGCUCCCAACAGCAACUCCAUGACAAAAGGGGAUCGUGGAGUUUCUGCAGAUGCUAAAGCCAAGCGGCUAAAGAAAGGCAUGGCAACAGCAAAACAGAGACUUGGGAAGAUUUUAAAGAUCCAUCGAAAUGGACAGCUCCUCUUGUAGCAUACCGCAAACUAGGAUUGGAAAGUCAUGAACUGAGUCCCACUUUUUUUUGUUCCUGAAAGUUGACAGCGAGGAAAAAAAGCUAAGAUGGGAAAUAAGAAAUGAUACAUUUUUCACACUCCAAGACCAACAUCACAUACAUAUAUACACACGUUUCUGCCUGUCCUUAUACUUUAUAACUUUGAGAUAUUGAAGUGUACAUAGCCUGCUAUAAAUAUUUUUAAUAAACCAUGUCUCACUUUACU